AGCAGGCCGCAGUAAAACAACAGCAGCAACAGCUUUUCCACAACUCGCUCGUCCCGUCCGUUCAUUCAGUCCUGCGAGCGCUGUGUUCGCGUGCGCUAGUGCUUCCAGCGACUCCAAACCCCCUGAUCGAGUGCGUUCGCGAGUGUGAGCCCGCUACAGCCUGUUGCAGGAAGCAGCGACAUGAUGAAGACGCGCCAAAGCGCCUCGGCCGAGACGAUGCAGGCCCUCAUGCUGCAGCCCUACGACGAUUCGGGCAACAGCUGCGGCUCUAGCGUGGUGUCGGACUUUGCCGGUACUUCGGAGGAUGAUUGUGCCAUCCAGGUGUCCGAUCUGGACACGGAGAGCAACGAUGGGAGAUCGGAGAUGUUGCAGUGCGACAUCGGAGAUGACUGCUCGGAAGACCAGGUGGACUUGGAAAGCUGCACUAGGUUGAGGAGCGAGGAGGAGACGCAGGCACGGUUGGCGGUGUUGUCCUAUGAGCAGAUCUGCCGGCUCAAUGACGUCAUGGACGAGACGGUGAGCAUCCACGGCAGAGGCAACUUCCCCACCCUGGAAGUGCGGCUCCGGGACCUUGUCGAAAUCGUCAAGGACAAACUGGAGAGCGAACCCAACUCUGGAGGCGCGGGCAUGCGCGUCAGGGACAUCCGACUGAACGGAGGAGCCGCCUCCCAUGUCCUCGCAGCAGGCCAGGACCAGCCCUACAACGACGUCGACUUGAUUUUCGGCGUGGAACUCACCACACCCCGCAACUUUGACCGAGUCAAGGCGGCCGUGCUCAGCUCUCUCUACGACAUGCUCCCAGAUGGCGUCAGUAGAAAACGUAUUUCAACCUGUAGUCUCAAGGAAGCCUACGUCAGUAAAAUGGUGAAAGUUAACAGCGCAUCAGAUACAGGAGAUCGCUGGUCAUUGAUCUCGCUAGGAUGCGCUAGAGGACGAGGAGUCGAACUUAAAUUCGUGGAUAGAAUGAGGAGACAGUUUGAGUUCAGCGUAGACUCGUUCCAGAUAGUUCUAGAUUCCUUAUUACUGUUCUAUCGGUGUUCUGGGACUGGUGAAGGUCCACCACCGAUUACAGAGAACUUUUAUCCUACCGUGGUGGGUGAGUCGGUGUUCGGGGAUUUCCAGGAGGCGUUGCAUCACCUGCAGAGGCGGCUGAUCUCUACGCGCAGGCCCGAGGAGAUACGUGGAGGUGGAUUGUUGAAGUAUUGUAACUUGUUGGUGAAGAACUACAGGCCGGCGCAUCCUGAUUAUAUCAGAUCUCUAGAAAGGUACAUGUGCUCGCGCUUCUUCAUCGACUUCCCCGACGUGGGCCAGCAACGCGUCAAACUCGAAACGUACCUGUGGAACCACUUCGGCAGCGGCCCCGAAGAGGCCUCCCUCCGCCACAGCUUCCUCCUUCUGCUGCACGACGUCGUGGCGCAGAGCACCGUGUGCCUGAUGGGACACGAGCGACGCCAAACCCUACAGCUCAUCAAGGGCCUCGCCUGGCAGGUGCUGUACCAGGAUCAGCAGCAACAGCGACUGGUGGCAGCUGCACAAGUACCGGCAGCGCCGCCGCUGGUCAUCGCCAACGGGGUUCUGUACGCGCCGAUCGUGGGCAUGGGAUCCCCCGGCGGUCCGUGCCAGUUCUGUGCCUGCGGCUCCACCUGGAUGACGUGUUGUAGCACGUGACCGGUAGCUCUGGAUCGGCGGUGCCUGGAUAAUGUAAAUUAACGCGGAUACUGGAGAGUCGUAAGUGUUCUGCUGUACUGUCAACGUAUCGCGGAUUAUCGUCUCAAUCGUAUGCGAACAUAGUAUUUAUAAUACAAUGAUAUUGUCCUAUGUUCUCUCUCAAAUUGCAUGAAAUAAUUGCAUUGAAAUCUACGUUAUUCGUCCUCUAUUCUAAAUAUUAUGCACUCUCUUAUUUUUAAUAUGAACAUAGGAUUAAUGCUAUUCUUCUGUUUUCUCUCAAAUUAAACCAAAUUCUUGCAUUUAAAUCUACGUUAUUCGUUCUCUAUUCUAAAUAUUCUACACUCUCUUAUUUUUAUUAUGAACAUAGGAUUUAUAAUACAGUUAUAUUCGUCUAUGUUCUCUCUCAAUUUAAACGAAAUUCUUGCGUUGAAAUCUGCGUUAUUUGUUCUCUAUUCUAAAUAUUCUACACUCUUUUAUUUUUAAUAUGAACAUAGGAUUUGUAAAACAAUAUUUUCCUAUGUUCUCUUUUAAAUUAACCAAAAUUCUUGCAUUGAAAUCUAUGUUAUUCGUUCUUUAUUCUAAAUAUUCUCCACUUUCUUUUUUUUAAUAUGAACAUAGGAUUCAUAAUAUAGUGAUACAUAUUCUCCUAUGUUUUCUCUAAAAUUAAACACAAUGCUUGCACUGGAAUCUACGUUAUUCGUUCUUUCUUCUAAAUACUUUCAUUCUAUUUGUGACUCUAUUAUUUUAGAUGUGAACAUAGGAUAUACCAUACAAUGAUAUUUCCAUAUGUUCAAUUUUAGAUUGGACAAGAAUCUUUGCAUUGGAAUUUAUUAAUUUUUAUUCCGAGUAGGUUAUUUAUUAAAAUUUUAUUAUUUUAAAUCUGAACAUAGGUUAUCUUGCAUUAUAUUGACCUAUGUUCAGUUUGACUUGGCUGUAUUAUUAUUUGAUCAGUCAGCCAACAAAGUGAAUAUUAGUUAUGUUUCUAUAUUGGAAUAUUGUGUGAAGUAUUACCUUGAAGUAAGCCAUCUAGUAAUACUCCAAUAUAUUUAUUCUUUUAUGUCAAAAGGGAACAUAGGAACUGCAAAAGUAAUAGUAAUAGUAUUUUCUGUAGGAUAAGCCUAUCUUUACAGUUCUAAAUGUUCUAAUAAAUGUUUUACUUUUCAAUCUUGAGCCAAGAGAACAUAGUAGACACAAUAAUAUCAUUCAAAUCUAUGUUCGCUGUUAAUUUCUUUUAAUGAAACUUUUGUAUUUUCUCGAACAGUGUAAGUUCAACUAUUUACUCUUAUGAAUGAUUUAUUUAUUUAAGGGAACAUAGGAGAUACAGGGGUGUUGUGUAAGAAUCCUAUGUUCUGCUUACAAAAUACGAAAAAUAGAUUGAAAAAUAACCGUAUUUUAACGAAAAAAAACGAAAAGAAAUUAUCUUCGACAUGUUGACAGCACAGCUAUUUUUCCAAUCUUACGUCUUAGUGGUAUCCCUGUUAGGUUAUGUCUUCUGGGAGGUCCGAAAUAGCGAACACCCUUACGCCGCACGCCGGCGUGGCUGUGAAACACGAAUCGUUUUCUUGAUCGUUCGGUUGUGUGUCCCAUAUUUUGAGAUUAGGAGAGAUCUUAUCUUCGUUUGUUGUCGCUCAAUUCUGCCGGGGAUCCCCUAGUUUUGCCCCUCGCAUGCCACGAUUAUGACCACGACAAUCCAACAGAGGGGAGGUAAAGUGUGUACGGAAGGGGAUCCCUAAGGAUUUGCCGUUCUGUAGGCUUAAGGUUAAGGACUCUAGCUCUAUUAUUAUUAUUAUUAAUUAAUUAUUAUAUUAAUUAUGAUUAUUAUCAUCAUUCUUAUUACUAUUAUUAGAGGUUUUCGUUCUUAGGCGGAAUCACCGAUUUUUUGAAAAAAGGUUUUGUUGGAUGUAUUUUUAUUUAGAGUGUGAUAAUUGUGAACAUAGGAUUGGUAAUAAUAUUAUCAAACCUAUGUUCACUAUUUUAUAUAUCUUCAUAAAUUUGUUAAACAUAUUUUUAAACGGAUUAUAUUUAAAGUGUUUGUUUUAAUUGUGAACAUAGGAUUAUAAGUUUAAAAAAUCCUAUGUUCAAUGUGUCCCUUUUUAGAUUUAUCAAAAUAAUACACUUGAGAAUAUUUGAAUAUGUUGACUCUUCCAUAUUAAAAGUGAACAUAGGAGAGCAGCAUAGUUUGACAGUUUCAAUUUCUUUUUUACUGUCUAAUUUAAAAAUUAUUAGGUUUUGAAUAAAAAAAUAUGAAUUCGAAGAAAACAUUUAAAUCAAUUCAACUCUGUUAUUAAAAGAAUUAAUAAUCUAAUUAUUUGUAACAUUUUCUAAAUAUAAUUUGAUUUGCCUAGAUUUAGGAACAAACCUCAAAAUCUGGCAUUAUUCUAGAAAAUUUCGAAAUAAAAAACACUACAAUAGCUUAAAACAGCGGAUUGUGAUAGAUAAUUGAAAUUUUCUAUAUUUAAUUUUUUACCUAAAUUUAGGGAAAAAAACAAAACCUGGCAACAUUGUCCCAAAUUAUGGUGAGCAAAAAAAAAGGUUUUAACUAGGAUUUAUAUAGAUCAACAAAAAAUAGAGAGCAUUUAUGAAAUAUUAAAUAUAAUUAAUAAUUCUUUUUGUAACCUACUUUUGUAUUUCGGUAUAUUUCGAGUUAAUUUUUUUUUGUAUGGCAUCUAGUUUGUUCGACGUUAAAUAAAAUAUAGUUUGAAAUCAAUAACAAGUUAUAUGGAAAUACGUAUCAAAAAAACUGUAUCAAAAUUUCGGUGAUUUUAGCCCAGAAAGAAACUACUAUCGUUAUUGUAUCAGAUACGGAUUCUAUAUUUUCAUCGAGAUAUAUAAUGAAAUAAAUAAUUAACUAAGGGGGACCCGAGUGCUGACCUGUAUAUUUUUAUCGUCACCUGGCACUCGUCCUCAGUAUCCUAGUUACGGUAAACAUUGUAAAGUCUACAUAAAAAUAAAUAAAACUGUGGAAAACGCUAGA